AUGGCCACUAUGAAAGCUGUCGGAGUGUCGAAGUACGGCCCGGUCCCUAGUGAUCCGAUUGGUCGACAAGUUCUCGUCAAAGUCAAAGCCUGUUCUGUCAAUCCGAUCGAUCAUAAGGUUCGAUCAGGAACCUACGACGAUGCACCCGACUUCCAUAUCAUCGGCUUUGAUGGAGCUGGAACCAUUGAGAAAAUUGGACCAGACUGUCAACUCUUCAAAGUCGGCGAUGAGGUCUCUUGGGUAGGCUCAACGACUGAACAGGGCAGUUAUGCAGAGUACCAGCUCGUGAGCGAAUUGGCCUGCGCCAAGAAACCGAAGAAUCUCGAUUUUGUCGAUACUGCGAGCUACGGGUUGACUUUCAUGACGGCGUUUCAGUCGCUGCAUCGGAGGAUGGAGAUCAAUGGCGGGGGUGGUAUUGGGAGUGCAGCUAUUCAGCUGGCGAAAAGAGUGUUAAAACUUCCGGUUGUAGUGGCCACUGCGUCUCGGCCAGAGACGACCGAGUCUUGUAAGCGCAUGGGCGCUACUCACGCCAUCAACCAUCGAGAAGACAUUGUGAAGCAGAGUGAAGAUCUGAAGCUCAAAGUACCCAUCAACUGCGCACCCUUCGGAAAAGUCUGCACCAUCGUCCAAGCAGACGUUAGUCUCUACGGGACAGAAUUUAUGUCAAAGUCCUUAACAUUCUCAUGGGAUUGGUUGGGUUCUGCUGCAUAUCAUGACACAGGCGUUGAAGACUAUCACGAGAUGCUGGGGACGAUCUCGCGUCUGAUGGAGGAGGACACGCUGUUUUCUACGGUUGGCACAAGGCUUAGGUUGACGUUUGAAGAGUUGAAAGAGGCGCAUCGCAGGGUGGAGAGUAGUACUACCGUUGGGAAGACUGCGCUUGGUAUUGAUGAGCCUGGUGAGGGUGAGCCGUUUGCUUAG